GAAUUCUUCACCGAACCGGUCGCGUUCUGAGUCGGGCGUACUUCUAUAUAUUUAGACCGAUAAACAAUACCUGUGGAUCGCUAGCUAUACAGCGAUUAGAACUGAACCGAGAAAAAACAGAACCCCGUAAAUAAAACAAUCGCACAGGACUGUUCCUAGCAGGCGUCGGUAUAGAAAAAUAUCGAAAAGAGCUCUAAAAUGACCUGGGGAUUUGUCACAUGUGGCCCCAACGAGGCCUUAGUUGUCUCUGGAUGUUGCUACAUGAAGCCGCUUUUGGUGCCGGGAGGUCGGGCCUUCGUGUGGCCAACUAUCCAGCAGGUUCAGCGAAUUUCAUUGAACACGAUGACCCUCCAGGUGGAGAGUCCUUGCGUGUACACCAGCCAAGGAGUUCCCAUCUCCGUGACGGGAAUCGCCCAGGUGAAGGUCCAGGGUCAGAACGAGGACAUGCUGCUCACCGCCUGUGAGCAGUUCUUGGGCAAAUCGGAGGCGGAGAUCAACCACAUUGCAUUGGUCACCCUGGAGGGACAUCAGCGGGCCAUCAUGGGUUCGAUGACCGUGGAGGAGAUCUACAAGGACCGCAAGAAGUUCAGCAAGCAGGUGUUCGAGGUGGCUUCCAGCGAUCUGGCCAAUAUGGGUAUAACUGUGGUCUCCUACACCAUUAAGGAUUUGCGCGAUGAGGAGGGAGACUCAAAGGGCUAUCUAAGGUCAUUGGGAAUGGCUCGAACGGCAGAGGUUAAGCGAGAUGCCCGGAUCGGCGAAGCGGAGGCCCGGGCUGAGGCCCAUAUUAAGGAGGCCAUUGCUGAGGAACAGCGCAUGGCUGCCAGGUUCCUCAAUGACACCGACAUUGCCAAGGCUCAGCGCGACUUUGAGUUAAAGAAGGCCGCCUACGAUGUGGAAGUACAGACCAAAAAGGCAGAGGCCGAGAUGGCCUACGAGCUGCAGGCGGCCAAGACCAAGCAGCGCAUCAAGGAGGAGCAGAUGCAGGUCAAGGUGAUCGAGCGCACCCAAGAGAUCGCCGUGCAGGAGCAGGAGAUCAUGCGUCGUGAGCGCGAGCUGGAGGCCACCAUUCGCCGUCCAGCUGAGGCGGAGAAGUUCCGCAUGGAGAAGCUGGCCGAGGCCAACAAGCAGCGCGUAGUCAUGGAAGCCGAAGCAGAGGCUGAAUCGAUCAGGAUUCGCGGCGAGGCCGAGGCCUUUGCUAUUGCCGCUAAGGCCAAGGCGGAGGCUGAGCAGAUGGCCAUGAAAGCAGAGGCCUAUCGCGAGUACCGCGAGGCUGCCAUGGUGGAAAUGCUCCUGGACACUCUGCCGAAGGUGGCCGCCGAGGUGGCUGCUCCACUGUCGCAGGCCAAGAAGAUCACGAUGGUGUCCAGCGGAAAUGGCGAUAUCGGUGCCGCCAAGCUGACCGGCGAGGUGCUGGCCAUCGUCAACAAAGUGCCAGAACUGGUCAAGAACAUAACCGGCGUGGACAUUGCUCGGUCUGUGCAUGCUGGCUAAACAAGUAUCCAAACGAAAACCAAAUCAAAACACACACAAUUAUGUAAUCUUCAAAAAAAAAAAAAAAA